UCCUCUCCUUACUCAACCGCUUCAUACUCUGUCGCUCUCUGAUUUGCCCCCCUCCCGUUUCUCUCUCUCCCUCUUCCUCUCUCUCUCUCUCUCUCUCUCUCUCUCUCGUUCGAACUUCAAAAAACCUCCGUCUCGCCUCCGGCUUAUCCUGCUCCCCGCUGGCCAUGGCGCACGUUAGCGACCUCCCCUGCGACGGCGACGGCAUUUGCAUGGUCUGCAAGGGGAAGCCGUCGGCCGACGAAGCCCUCACGUGCAGGACCUGCGCGACGCCCUGGCACGUCGCCUGCCUCUCCUCACGGCCCCCGACCAUGGCUGACGCCGUCCAGUGGGAGUGCCCCGACUGCUCCCUCCUGCUCGUCGCCGGGCCCGAGCCCCCGAAGCCCGUCGCGAUCGCGGCCGGGGCGGGGGCCUCCGGCGAUCUGCUGGCGGCGAUCCGCGCGAUCGAGACGGACGAUUCGCUGAGCGAGCUGGAGAAGGCGAAGCGUCGGCAGGAGCUCCUGAGCGGCGGCGCGGGGGCCGCCGAGGGCGAGGACCGGAAGGAGAAGGGCAAUGGCGUGCUCGACAUUCUCGACGGGAGCUUGAACUGCUCGUUUUGCAUGCAGCUGCCGGAGAGGCCGGUCACGACGCCUUGCGGGCACAACUUCUGCUUGAAGUGUUUCCAGAAAUGGAUUGGGCAGGGGAAGCGCACCUGCGCGAAUUGUCGCCAUGAAAUUCCGGCGAAGAUGGCGAGCCAGCCUCGAAUCAAUUCUGCACUUGUUAUAGCCAUCAGAAUGGCGAAGAUGUCAAAAUCAAACAGUGAGAGUGCACAGGCCAAGGUCUAUCAUUUUAUCCACAACCAGAACCGGCCUGACAAGGCAUUCACUACUGAGAGGGCAAAGAGGGCCGGAAAGGCCAACGCUUGUAGUGGAAAGAUCUUUGUUACCGUUGCUCCGGAUCACUUUGGUCCAAUCCUUGCAGAUAAUGAUCCAGAGAGAAACCAGGGUGUGUUGGUUGGAGAGACUUGGGAAGAUAGGAUGGAAUGCAGACAAUGGGGUGUGCACCUUCCUCAUGUUGCAGGGAUUGCGGGGCAGUCGACGCAUGGUGCGCAGUCUGUGGCUCUUUCGGGGGGCUAUCAAGACGAUGAGGAUCACGGCGAGUGGUUCCUCUACACAGGGAGCGGUGGAAGAGACCUUACUGGCAACAGGAGAACAAAUAAGGAACAAUGUAAGGAUCAGAAGUUCGAAAAGUUGAAUGAGGCAUUACGAGUAAGUUGCAAGAAAGGGUAUCCUGUCCGAGUAGUGAGGUCACACAAAGAAAAACGUUCUGCUUAUGCUCCAGAAACAGGGGUGCGAUAUGAUGGUAUAUACAGAAUUGAGAAGUGCUGGCGUAAAGUGGGGAUCCAAGGUCGCGUGGUAUGCAGGUAUCUUUUUGUACGAUGUGAUAAUGAUCCUGCCCCUUGGACGAGUGAUGAUCAUGGGGAUCGACCAAGGCCACUCCCGAUUGUUAAGGAGUUGAAAGGUGCCAAAGAUGUUACUGAGAGGAAAGAACCUCCAUCCUGGGAUUAUGAUGCGGAAAAGGGCUGCUGGAUGUGGAAGAAGCCUCCCCCUAGGAGUAGGAAAAGUUAUAAUUGGGGAAUGGAGGAUGGGAAGGGACUGAGGAGAAGCAGGAAGCACUCACAUAAGUCAGUCAGAGAGAAGCUCCUCAAAGAAUUUAGCUGUCAAAUAUGUCGGAAUGUGAUGAAUUUACCUCUGACUACGCCAUGUGCGCAUAACUUCUGCAAAGCAUGUCUAGAGGGAGCCUUUGCUGGACAAAGUUUCAUGAGACAGAGGACUUGUGAAGGCAGAAGGACGCUACGUGCGCAGAAGAAUAUAAUGAAAUGCCCAUCAUGUUCAAUUGACAUUUCUGAUUUUCUUCAAAAUCCACAGGUAAACAGAGAGCUAAUGGGUGUGAUAGAAACACUUCAGCGACAGGCACUUGAGGAGGAGGAGGAGGAGGAGGAGGAGGAUGAAAACUCCGAGUCAAGUGAGGAAGCUGAUGGCACUCGGAACAAUUUGGAAAAUGAUGCUGAAGAUGUUGAAAAUGAUGCUGAAGAUAUGGAAAAUGAUGAUGCAGAAGAUGAAAUCUCUGAGGAAACUGAGAUACUGUUGAAACCGGAGGCUGAAACUGAAAAGCAGGAAGCCUGCAAGCAGAAGGCUGAAAAUCCUGGCAAUUGCAUUUCAGAUCUUGUCCAAUCUGAUGCUGCAGAUGCUGAACUUCAGGUUGACCUCAAUCAGCAAGAAGAUGCUGAAGAUGAAGAGGCGAAUAUGGCUGUGGCAGAGAGUAAUGCCAGGCUGCUCCGAAAACGGAAGAACUGCAAUGAUGUAGUUAGUCCAGGGAAGUUGGAUGCUGGAGUCGCAACCAAGAGCAAGAGGGUCAAAAUGGCGGCAGCAAAUUGAUUUUUAGCUGUGGUCAAAUUCCCUAUCCUUGAAUCUGAACAUGUUGGAUAUUUUUACUUAUUGUUUGUAGAUGUCUCUCCUCAUUGGUCCAAGCACAGCUUGAUCAUGCUUUUAGAUCUUACUUUCUUUGGGUGGUCUAAGGACAGGAUAGUGAAGAACAAAUCAUGAAAGGUAUAGGGACCUUAGUGUUUUGUUGUUUUUGGUGGUUCCUAUAAAAAGUUUAUUUCCUGUU